AUGGUGUGGUUAAGAUUAAAAAGGAUCAAUAAAUUGGAUUGCUUUAUAAGAAAUGAAUAUAUUAGGAUAUAUGAAAAUCUUAUAAAAAUUCGUAAAGAUUUAACAAAUGUAUAUAAUAAAGCUCAGGAUAAACUUCCAUAUACAUAUUUUGAAUAUGGAGAUGAAGAGUAUGAUGAUUCGGACGAGGAAAACAAACAAUUAUUUAUAGAUUUGAAUGAGAAAUAUAUUACACUUCAAUUUGCAGAGCAAGCACCAGCUCAACCAGAAUCAAAUUCUCCAUCAUAG